CCGGCUAGCUGAUCGAAGCUACAGCUCUCAGAUAUGCAGAUGGGUUCGAGUUGGACGACGACGCAGCUGGACUACCUGCUGGUGCCGCUGGGCCUGGCGGUGAUGCUGGGCUACCACCUCUGGCUGCUCCUCCGCAUCCGCCGCCGCCCGGAGACCACCGUCGUCGGCAUCAACGCCAUCAACCGCCGCAUCUGGGUCCGCUUCAUCAUGGAGGAGUCGUCGUCCGGGAAGCACGCGGUGCUGGCGGUGCAGACGAUGCGCAACAGCAUCAUGGCCUCCACCGUGAUCGCCUCCGUCGCCAUCACGAUCAGCUCCCUCGUCGCGGUCCUCAUGGCCAGCGGCGUCGCCCACGGCCUCUUCGUCUCCUCUGGCUCCCAAGGCAGGGGCGAGCUCACCAUCGUGGGCGCCAACAACAUGACCGUGCUGACCAUCAAGUUCUUCGCCAUCCUCGCCUGCUUCCUCGCCGCCUUCCUCCUCAGCGUGCAGUCCAUCCGCUACUACAGCCACACGGGCCUCCUCGUCAACGUCCCGCUCCACGCGCACCGCCGCCCGGCCCGCGCCGUCGAGUACGUCACCGACACGCUCAACCGCGGCUUCUACUUCUGGUCGCUCGGCGUCCGCGUGUUCUACAUCUCCUGCCCCAUCUUCCUCUGGCUCUUCGGGCCCAUCCCCAUGUGCGCAUCAUGCGUCGCCAUGGUCAGCGCGCUCUACUUCCUCGACAUCUGCAAGGAAUGGGACAAGGACGACGGCGGAGACGACGGCGGCGGCGACGCCGACGGCCAAGAAGGGAAGACGGCCGCCUCUGGUAGGGUGAUGCCUCAAGAAGUUGUGUGAACUGAAUUAAUCCAGGUCCAUGCCACGCAUAUCCUCUGCCUUCAAUUCAGACGGCAAGGUUUUUCAACUUGUCACUGAAUUUGUAGCAAAAUUCAGGAUUUCAACAAUGCUCGUUGAAUCCUGAUUAAUGAUUGAGUACCAGUACGAGUACUGGGAUUUCAAUUUUAUUUUAUAAUUUUUUGUCA